GGGGGGGGUUUUGUUGGCGUUACACAAAGUUUAUGCUAACCGCGGGUUUCGGUCUUUAUUUGAGUUGCUAAUUUAGAUAGCUUGCAGCUAUUCAGAGUAGUCUAAUUAUUUCCCAUAAAUCUACUUAGUUAAUUAAAAUGUUGCAGUUUUGUGUUUGAGCAACCGAGCCAUAAUGAAUCUUGACAGACUACGGAAGCGUGUGCGGCACUACAUAGAUCAGCAACAAUAUCAAAGUGCUCUCUUUUGGGCGGACAAAGUAGCGUCUCUAUCGCAUGAGGACGCUCAGGAUGUUUAUUGGCUAGCACAGUGCCUUUAUCUCACUUCACAGUACCACAGAGCCUCUCAUGCGCUAAGGUCUCGCAAACUUGACAAGUUGUACGGGGCCUGUCAGUAUCUUGCUGCAAGGUGUCAUUAUGCUGCUAAAGAGUAUCAGCAGGCUCUUGACAUACUGGACAUGGAAGAACCAGCAAGUAAAAAGUUAUUGGACAAAGGUCUAAAGGAAGACAAUGGCACCAGAGAAACCGCCAAAGAAUGGGAAAUGUCACCUGCUUCAAUCAGCAGUUCGAUCUGCCUCCUGCGGGGGAAGAUCUAUGAUGCCAUGGACAACAGACCUCUAGCCACCUCCAACUACAAAGAGGCCUUGAAACUGGACAUCUACUGCUUUGAAGCCUUUGACCUUUUAACGUCCCAUCACAUGCUGACUGCACAAGAGGAGAGAGAUUUUCUGGAUUCCCUUCCCUUAAGCCAACAGUGUACAGAGGAGGAAGAGGAGCUGCUGCGUUUUCUUUAUGAAAAUAAGUUAAAAAAGUAUAACAAGCCUAGUGAGAUGGUCGUCCCUGAUAUGGUCAGUGGUCUUCAGGACAACUUGGAUGUAGUUGUGUCUCUUGCAGAACGACAUUAUUACAACUGUGACUUUAAGAUGUGCUAUGCCCUCACCUCUAUGGUAAUGGUGAAGGACCCAUUCCAUGCUAAUUGUUUACCAGUGCACAUAGGCACCCUAGUGGAGCUGAGCAAAGCCAAUGAAUUGUUUUACCUCUCUCAUAAACUUGUGGAUUUAUAUCCAAACAAUCCAGUGUCCUGGUUUGCGGUUGGUUGUUACUAUCUGAUGGUUGGGCAUAAAAAUGAACAUGCACGGCGAUACCUUAGUAAGGCCACCACACUGGAGCGAACCUAUGGGCCAGCGUGGAUUGCAUACGGCCACUCGUUCGCUGUGGAAAGUGAGCAUGACCAGGCUAUGGCGGCCUAUUUCACUGCAGCCCAGCUGAUGAAAGGGUGUCACUUACCCAUGCUGUACAUUGGUCUGGAAUAUGGGCUGACCAACAACCCAAAGCUGGCCGAACGCUUCUUCAGCCAGGCUCUGAGCAUCGCUCCCGAAGACCCCUUCGUCAUCCAUGAGGUGGCGGUGGUGGCCUUCCAGAAUGGAGACUGGAAGACUGCAGAGAAGCUGUUUCUAGAUGCAAUGGAAAAGAUCAAGGCCAUUGGUAAUGAGGUAACGGUGGACAAAUGGGAGCCGUUAUUAAACAAUUUGGGCCAUGUGUGUCGAAAACUGAAAAAGUAUGAGCAGGCUCUGGAAUACCACCGGCAGGCACUGGUCCUUGUCCCUCAGCAUGCUUCUACCUACUCCGCUAUCGGCUAUGUGCACAGCCUCAUGGGGGACUUUGAAAGUGCCAUUGACUACUUUCACACUGCACUCGGCCUGAAAAGGGAUGACACGUUUUCUGUAACAAUGCUUGGCCACUGCAUAGAGAUGUAUAUCGGUGAAUCUGAUGCAUACAUUGGAACUGACAUCAAGGACAAGGUGAAGAUGAUCCCCAGCACGACUGCUCUGAAGAAGAUACUCGGAACGUCGGCCGACGACAGCGAGAAUCAAGCCCGGCCGUUGGAGGAGAGCAGUAUCAUGGCCCUGGAGACGCCACCUGCGGUGGCCUUCCAGCGCUUCCUCCUGGAAUGUGACCUGCACGAGAACGACGUGAUGCUAGAGACCUCCAUGUCUGACACAAGUACGUGAUGGUGGCAUCGAUCCAGAUCUUGGACGCUCUCCGGAAACAGUGUGACGAAAACGAGGCGAGAACUAGAUGCUCAUGUUGGCAAAUGACUAAAAAGGAAAGCGAGGGAGACCCCAACUAAACAGAUGCCCCUCAAAGUCUAGGGUGACUUGUGUUGCAUCCCUGUGGAAUUUUACUAUGAAUAAAUGUUGAGAUGAAUUCAAAAGAGGGUUCUGAUGAUAGAAAUAAUUACAAAAUAAACCCUGUAUCAGUAUUUUUA